AUGAAGGGAACUCUGGAGCUUCUCGCAUUGGGUGUUGCCAUUCCCCUUUCUCGAGCUUUGGUCGAAGUUACGCCGAUAACAGGCACCUACACGAUCGACAUGGUUCAUAAGGAGAUCAAGAUCCGCGACGCACACACGACUUUUGAGAGCAUUUUGCGCUGCCACAAGCAGAGCGGCCAGGACCUGACGCUUGACGACAACCGAACGGUCGUGUCCUGCUGUCUGCCUAGCCAGCACCUAUCCGGUGUCAAUGGCGCUGCCUGGGACUGUUGCGGCGCAGGCCACGAGCUGUCUGGCUGCGAGGCAGAGGGCUACUCUUGUUGCCCUGCGGGCUAUACGUACCGUGGAGGCAUGUGUUACCCACCGGAGGACAGUCGUCAGCAGCCUCUGCCACCGCCCAAGAAUCAAGGGCAACAGUACCCUCCACCGCCGCCACCACCGGGACCACCGCCGAUCGGGCCUGGUGGGUAUCCCUAUCCUCCACCACCGCCACCCGGGCCAGGUGGACAUCCCUAUCCUCCACCACCGCCACCCGGGCCAAGUGGCCUGGUCUGGCCGCCAUCUCCUUGUCCCAAGGGAAGCACACUGGUCAACGGCGUCUGUACGGGGCCGAUGCCGCACAAGAAGUGCGAGUCUGGCAUCCGCGAAGGCAAAUGCUACCGCUUCAAGAGAAACCCAGACUGGUACUUAACUUCCAAGGGCAACGACUAUCAGCUUGGGACGCCUACCAGGGAGACGCCAGCCGGUAGUUUCCAAUUCUGCAAAAGCUUUGGCUGCGACGGCACACACGCAAUCAACCCCAGCGACAAGGUGUACAUCCGCGACUUCAACAACGGCAAGGUCUGGCUGAACAAUGCCAAUGGCGGUACGCACAUCGCUGGCACUGUCAAAACGAGCGAGGCCGGCACCUUUUCUAUCACCAAAUGGGCUAAAGGCGACUACUGCCUCACAGGCUUUGACGCCGGCUUGCGCAAAGCCUGUCCUGCAGCCACGCCUGGUAUCACUCAGGAUAAGGCAGAGCAUGAUGACUGCCUAGAUUUCGAGAUCUUAGAGGUGCCAUGUGACAUCCGCUCGGACAAGAACAAUUGUUUGUGGGGGACGACAGGUGGAGACUGCGGACAGGCUGAAAGGACUGUCCCGUGUCAUUAG